GCCACCAGAAGUCUUGAGUCACGUGGGGAGGGCCCACGUGACCGGCGGCCUGUGUUCAACAUGGCGGCCUCCAUGGGUCUCUGGUCUCUCUUCCUCCUUGCAGUGUUUUGCUUCCUCAGGCCGGCGUCUGGCGGCCUCAGCCCCGGACCCUCCCGCGACGACGACCUGCUGGUGCCCUACCCGCGCACGCGCGCGCGCUCCGCCCGGGACUGUACGCGGGUGCGCGCCGGCAGCCGCGAGCACGAGAGCUGGCCGCCUUCCCCCGCGACCCCCGGCGCCCGCAGCCCCGCCGUGCGCACCUUCGUUUCGCACUUCGUCGACCGCGCGGUCUCCGGCCACCUGACGCGGGCUGCCGAGCCCCUGCGCGCCUUCUCGGUGCUGGAGCCUGGCGGGCCCGGUGGCUGUGCGUCCAGGCGCCGCGCCACCGUGGAGGAGACGGUGGGGGCAGCCGGCUGCUGCGUCGCCCAGAACGGUGGCUUCUUUCGCAUGGACACGGGCGAGUGCCUCGGGAACGUGGUGAGCGACGGGCGGCGGGUGAGCAGCGCCGGGGGGCUGCAGAAUGCGCAGUUCGGGAUCCGCCGCGACGGGACCCUGGUCACCGGGUACCUGUCCGAAGAGGAGGUGCUGGACACCGAGAAUGCGUUUGUGCAGCUGCUGAGUGGGGUCGUGUGGCUGAUUCGCAAUGGGAGCGUCUACAUCAAUGAGAGCCAAGCAGCCGAGUGCGAUGAGACCCAGGAGACAGGUUCAUUUACCAAAUUUGUGAAUGUGAUAUCGGCCAGGACAGCCGUGGGCCACGACCGGAAGGGACAGCUGGUGCUCUUCCAUGCGGACGGGCAGACAGAGCAGCGGGGCAUUAACCUGUGGGAGAUGGCGGAGUUCCUGCUGAAACAGGAUGUGGUCAACGCCAUCAACCUGGACGGAGGGGGCUCUGCCACCUUUGUGCUCAAUGGGACCUUGGCCAGUUACCCAUCAGAUCACUGCCAGGACAGCAUGUGGCGCUGCCCCCGCCGUGUGUCCACUGUGGUGUGCAUACAUGAGCCCCGCUGCCAGCCGCCUGACUGCAAUGGCCGUGGGACCUGUGUGGAGGGGCACUGCCAGUGCACAGGGCGCUUCUGGCGGGGUGCCGCCUGUGACAGGCUGGACUGUGGCCCCUCCAACUGCAGCCAGCACGGGCUGUGCUCUGAGACUGGCUGCCGCUGUGAAGCUGGGUGGACAGGGUCCAGCUGCAGUGAAGCUUGCACCAACGGCUCCUUCGGGGAGGACUGUGCCAGGAAGUGCCAGUGUCAGAAUGGAGCUGCCUGUGACCCAGCUCAGGGGACCUGCACCUGUCCCCCCGGCUUCACUGGAGACACCUGUGCUCACAAGUGUCCCUUUGGCUGGCAUGGGCCCGGCUGCCAGCAGCCAUGUGAGUGUGAGCACCAGUGUUCUUGCGACCCCCAGACUGGCAACUGCAGCCUCUCCCCACCCGCCCUAAACAGCAUCCUCUCACAAGUGAAGCAGUGUCUGCAGCCAUCCGAGGCCACCGUGAAGCCAGGGAAGCUCUCCCUCCUCACUGGGACCACCUGGCUGGCCCUCACCCUGGCCCUGGUUUUCCUGCUGCUGAUCAGCUCCGCGGCCAACGUGUCCUUGCUGUGCAGCUCAAGGGCAGAGCGGAGCCGGCACCUGGAUGGUGCCUACGUGUACCACCCGCUGCAGGAGAUGAAUGGGGAGCUCCUGGCGGCGGAGAAGGAGCAGCUGGGAGAUGCCCGCAACCCCUUUAAGGACUGAAGCCUCAGCUGCCCAUCGUGGCCUGUUCUGAAGGCUCACUUCACAGUCCAGCUGCUACAGGGGAAAUUUGAAGCCACCGGCCAUCUGUAUGGUCUCGGCCCCAAGUGCCAAGCCAGGCUUCUCGCGGCCUGCGCCUCAGCCCCUCACUGGCCACCUGCUGUGGCUGUGCAACCCUUGCGAGACUGGGCUCCCUGGAGAGACUCCGCCCCUUCCCACCGCCCGUGUGCUGCCAGCGAGGCCUGUGCCCCCAGCGCCUGCUGCACUGCCAAAGAGCCUGCGCGUCCUGGGCCAGACGCCCCUGGAGGAUGGACCCCCUCCGUGACCGAGUGGCAGGGUCCAGGCUGCCCGCGUGGGCAGGGGUGGUUUAGAGAGACAAUGGCCACCUCAGGGGACCCUUUUCUACAGACCUCAUCCCGGAAUUUGCCAGCUAGAAUUGUUAUUUCCUGUCACAGGAAGCUCCUUGGAAGGGCUGGGUCAUGGAAUCAUGUUUACAGCUUUCUAUUUUGUCCUGCUGCUGAGAGGGUUUUUCUACCACUUGAAUAAAUUGACAUGAUAGAAGGA